AUGGCUAAUGAAAGAAAUAGUAUUUUAGACCUUACAAAUGAAAGCCAAAAUAACCUACCCUAAAUAAAAAUUCUGAUGGUGACUAGAAUUUUAAGAGAUCUGAAAUUCUUCUGGAUACUGUUUAUUAUCUUCAUCUUGGAGUUUGGAAUGAACUUCUUAGUCCAAAACAAGGCUUAGUAAAUUUAUAAAUUCAAUGGUGUAAAUAAGUUGGCUUAGUUAUUGAUGAUUUUUAGAAAUUCAUCUACUGACUAUCAGCUUGAUAAUUAUCAAUGCUAAGCUGAUGGAUUAGUAAUAUUUGCCUUGAUUAUCUGGUUAAUAGCAGUCAUGACUUUUAUUAUUGUAUUCAAGAAUUUUAUAAUUGCUUUGAUUUCAGAAUAAUAUGAAAGUAUUAUGAAUAAAUUAAUUGUUGAAUUAUUCAGUGUCAAAGCUCAAAUAAUUAUUUAGAAUGAGAAUGAGUAUCAUAUUAGUAAUAUUCAAUUGAAAUGCAUAAAAUAUUUCAAAGAGUAUAUUAUUGUCAUAAAACAAUUAAACUCAGAAGUCAAUGAUGCUGGGUAAAGAAGCGAGAUAAGGUUAUAGUGUACAAUUCCUAUCAAAUUCCUCAAGAAGGUCAUGAUGUAAAAAUUGCUGCAUUGA